AUGGAGCUGGAGCUACUCAUGGUCAUCAAACUCUUCAUCCUCUUGCUACUCUCCUCUCCUUAUCCUUUAGUCACAUCAUUGCAACACAACAACUUCACUGACCUCCAGUCUCUACUAGCCUUCAAGAACCAUGUUGUUGAUCCACAACACAUUUUAUCCGUCAGCUGGACAACCAACACUUCCUCUUGCAAUUGGAUUGGCGUAUCCUGCAGCCGCAGACACCAGCGAGUUACAGCCAUCGAGCUCACAAGUUUCUCACUCUCUGGCACCAUUCCUCCUCAAAUCUCCAACCUCACUUUCCUCUCUCGCUUAGACCUCAGCAAUAACAGCUUCUCUGGUACAAUCCCAGAAUCCCUUUGUUUUUUGUCUCGGCUCUCUCUCUUCGUUCUCAAUCGUAAUCACCUCUCUGGUUCAAUUCCUCCCAACUUUUUCAACAUGUCGUCAUUGAAAUUUAUCUACUUUGGCCGAAACAACCUGUUGGGUCCUUUACUGGUAAAAAAUGAUACAUUUGAUGUCCCCCCUCAAAUCCAGGAGCUCUCCAUGUCAGUUAAUCAGUUUGCAGGAGAAAUGCCUUUGGAUAUUUCUCGGAAUCUACAGAUAUUGGAUUUGGCUUACAAUGAGUUUAGUGGGAAUAUACCAGGAUGGCUUGGAGACUUGCCAGAACUCAUAGUUUUGUAUCUCGAAGCGAAUCAGUUUAAUGGAAAGAUACCAAUCUCUCUAGGAAAUCUCACUCAGCUAUUAGACCUCGCAAUCUUGGUUUUUUUGUUGUCCCUCUCAAGUACCGCAUUAUCCACUUCACGGCCUCCCAAUGCUGCUUCUUUGGAUUGCAAUCUGCGCUUUAUAGAUAUUUCAGAAAAUAAUAUCGGAGGUUUUCUUCCAGAUUCUGUAGGGAAUCUCUUGCAUAAUCUUCAAUAUCUUCACACUGAGCAGAAUAGGAUACAGGGUAAGAUUCCUGCAGGAUUAGGUAACUUGAGUGGCCUUAUUUUUCUUACUCUUUAUAAAAAUCAGCUGACAGGAUCAAUACCGUCAGAGAUCACAAACCUACAAAAUCUUCAAGUGAUGUAUAUGGAUUUGAAUAGGAUUACUGGACCGAUCCCUUUUGAGCUCGGUCAAAUGAUAAGCUUGAAUGUACCGAGCCUUCCUGAGAAUUUGCUCUCUGGAAGGAUACCUGAGUCUCUUGGCAAUCUCAGUAAGCUACAACACUUGUCACUGGCUGUUAACAAAUUAUCAUCAAAUGUUCCUCAAGCAUUUUGGUGCUUAGAAGGAUUGACUGAACUUAACCUGUCGCAAAAUACUUUAGAUGGUGGAAUUACUCCUGAGAAGAAUAGGCUUUCAGGUAACAUCUCAAGCACAUUAGGUGAGCUUCAUAUGCUUUCUCAUAUAGAUUUCUCUAGUAAUGAUUUCCAUGGUCAAAUUCCUGAAUCACUUGGGGGAUUGAUUAAUAUCAAUUAUAUCAACAUAUCAUGUAAUUCUCUUUCGGGUGCCAUACCGGAGUCUCUAGCCAAUCUUCGUCAUCUUAAUAUCCUCGACUUCUCUUUCAACAAACUAUCAGGGAAAAUCCCUGGUGGUAGGGUAUUUUCAAAUGUCAGUAUUCCUACUUUGGAGGUUAUCAGCUUUGUUCUUCUUCUCACAUGUUUGUACUUUCUUAUGAGAUUUUGGAAAAGAAGGCUAGUUCAACCCCCGACUAAUGAUGACAUAAAAUGGCCAAAUCAUCGAUUGAUUUCCUAUCAUGAGCUGGUUGCUGCAACUGAUAACUUCAGUGACGCCAACUUACUGGGAACCAGCAGCUUUGGCUUAGUCUUCAAAGCACAACUCAAUGAUGGACUGCUCGUUGCAGUAAAGGUCUUGAAUUUAGAUGUUCAUGGAGCUUCAAGAAGUUUCGAUGCAGAGUGUCAUACUUUGAGCGCUGUUCGGCAUUGA